AUGUCAAAAUCUAGCGAUAAAAUAAUGGAUCGUAUUCGCACAAGAUCCAAAUCUUGGGGAUUUGAGAAAAUUCUAGAAGUCGAUGCAACAAUGAACAGCGUUGAGUCAUCUAAAAGUUCCAGUAGAAUGCGUUGGAAAAUUGUUGUUAAGAAGAAUCUGAAUAAGACUCCGAACUUACCACGUGGAUACCUUGGAGUCGCUCAAAGACAUGUUGCAGAGGGAAAGUUAGAACUUUCAAAGUUCGCCGUUUACCACCAACUGCCUUCUUCUCCUCUUCUCGAGAACAUGAAAAGUGAAAUCACAUUGGCAUGUGUGUUCAGGUCUUCCAGAGGCAUCUAUACACAUUUUCCAAUUAUUGAGUAUGUGAACAACGACGAGUACGUGGAGUACUUCGUGGAUACUGGCAGCUCCAAACUUCCGAAGACGUUCGAUUCCAUAGAAAAAUUGAUCGAAACGUACUUGGAAUGA